UAAAUGUUAACAGGAAUAUGAUUCAAACAUGGACGCCACAACCCAGGACUUCACCCUUGACAAACCUGCUGCACGUUCUGCUAUACAUGCUAUCUGGAUGCACGUUGAUUUGUGCCAGCGAGAACAAUUUCCAAAUACGGAUUGUUAAUGGUGAAAAUACCACAACUCAUUUCUCAGGACGACUGGAAGUGUCUAUAAAUGGCACAAUUCAAGGAAGCAUCUGUGAUGAUUUUUUUAACAAGAGUGCCGCCAUUGUGGUUUGUCGGCCGUUCGGGUUCACCAACGGAGAGGCUAUCGCAAAGGCUUACUUCGGAAGCGGAAGCGGCCCCAUUUUGUUUGAUGACGUCGAGUGUACGGGGAAGGAGACGUCACUGAAACAAUGCAAGAGCAGCUCAAAUAGCGACUGUGAUCACACAGAGGACGUGGGAGUCUUCUGCUACAACGACACCAAUUCAGUAUUUAAAAUGCGCCUGCAGGAAGGCGGCACGGACGUGACGUUAAACAGCACGUGGGGACGUCUGGAGGUGACGCUAGGCAACAUGAAGUGGGGCAGCAUCUGCGACGACCUCUUCAACGAACACGCCGCACGCAUUGCCUGCAACUACUUCAACUACACUUUUGGUCAGAGGAGCCAGCUAGCCAGAUUCCGGACCGGACAGAGGACCUAUCUAGACGAAGUGUUGUGUACAGGGAAAGAGAAAUCUAUUCUACAGUGUCGCCACAACAGCUGGCUCACACACGAUUGUGGAAGAGAGGAAGACGUUGGAGUUGCGUGUUUCAAUACUUCCGUCCGAUUAAGGGGAAACAAUGGCGGCGUACAGAACGUUGGAGCUGUGGAGAUCUGGGAGGACGGCAAGGGGUGGAGGGAGGUCUGCGACAAGGGCUGGGACGACAGCGACGCCGGAGUCGUCUGCAGGGAGCUCGGCUACGUGGACGGCAAGGCUCUGUGCUGCUCGGGCCUGGGCGUGUCUUCGUCCGUGGACGCCUGGGGUAAACACCCGUGGAGCAAAGACCGAACACGAGGCUCGUACAUCAGAGUCAACUGUACCGGGAACGAGACACGUGUCAUCGACUGUCCAAUGGCGUCAUCCGUCAGAUCUUGCUCCCGGAUAUCGUCUGCUUCCGUGAUCUGCUACAACACAACCCUAAACAAGAUAGAUAAUUCCCUUGCUAUUCGAAUUGUGGGUGGCGACGGGAACUGGGGGAGAGUCGAGAUCCGCCACCUUGGUUUGUGGGGCCAGGUCUGCUCGAACGUGUGGACUGACAGGGAGGCCACGGUCGUGUGUCGCAUGAGGGGCUUCAAGGCCGGCAGGUCGUUUGGAAACGUCUUAACCUCGACCUUGCCGCCGUGGCUCACGUCGGUCAAGUGCACCGGAAACGAAACCUCCAUCGCGAACUGCACGCUGGGACAGUGGGGAGAGCCCAUUUACUCAUGUUCUGCUUCACAUGUCCUGUGUUACAAUCAAACUGCCGAGGUGUCGUUGCCAGGCAACAGUACGGGUUACGGUCGCGUCGACGUGACGUACGACGGCACCAAGGGCACUGUCUGCAGCGAGGGCUGGUCGGACAGGGAGGCCGCCGUUGUGUGCCGGACGCUCGGAUACACGGACGGACGGACCAUGUUGAACGAUAUCACGCCUGGAACUGGCCCCGUGUUCUUGAGCAAUGUGAAGUGUAGGUACGGCCACAAGUCACUCUUCAUGUGCAACAGCAAUGGCUGGGGCCAAGUGAGUUCAGGAUGCAAGGAUCACAGACAAGACGCUGGCGUUAGAUGCUACAAGAAUGUUAGACUGUCUCCGGGUACACACGAUGUUGGCGUGGUGCAGAUCUACGAUAACGCCGUGUGGAAGACUGUCUGUGGCAAGGCUGGCUUUGGAAACGAAGAGGCAACUGUCGUCUGCAGAGAACUCGGCUUCCAGCGUGGCGAAGCGCUUCCGUUGGCUGUCUUUGGCAGGCGAACCGGUUCCCAGGUCAGAAAGAACUUGACCUGCACGGGAAACGAGACAACUCUUCUCAACUGUUCAUACGAUAAGAAAGACACCAGUUGUCUCCCUUCAUCAAUAGCGUAUGCAUCAGUGAGCUGUUUUAACAGUAAUGUAACACAGGCACAGAAGUACAAGCUGGAAGGUGGCACAUCUCUGGACAGUAACCAAGCCUCGGGGCGGGUCCGAGUCUUCCAACACCAGACGUGGGGCUACGUCUGUAACUCGUUCUGGGACGACAAGGCGGCGUCAGUUCUCUGCAAACAGCUUGGAUACACCAGCGGAAUAGCUUAUAAAUACAGUGGUCACUUUGACGGACCAUUCUUCAUCAGCCAAGUGACAUGCAAUGGAAACGAAUCAUCUAUUGACAACUGCACGACAGGAUCUGAAAUAUGUGACAGACACAACGCUGCCGCCGUCCUGUGUUACAAGACUGAAGCUCCUAAGAUCCAGCUGACGCCCCCGGGACAGAACAAGGGUCGCGUGGAGGCGGUGAUAAACGGCGACGCAGGCCGCAUCUGCUCUGAUGGUUGGGGCAACUACGACGCAAGGGUCGCCUGUACUCAACUCGGCUUCAACUACGGGGUGGCGCUCAAGUAUCCCCGGGGUAGUUCGACGGUGUUCAUGUCUCAGUUGAAGUGUUCAGGAAAGGAAGAGACUGUGUUCCGCUGUGCUAACGCCGGCUGGCCAGCGCCUGUUGGAGACAAGUGUCUGGCCGAUGAUGCACAGGAUGCUGGCGUCUUCUGUUUCUCAAAUGUUCGAGUAAGACAUGGAACUGUGGGAAAGAAUAUGGCGGUGGGGAGGUUGAGUAUGACAACCGGAACUGCUUGGAAUCCUGUCUGCGCCGACUCAUUCGAUGACCCGGAUGCCAAAGUGGCCUGUCGGGAUAUGGGCUUUUCGAGAUCAAAGAUUCUAAGGGUGACGAGAUCGGUGCACUACCCGAACUACAUCACCCAGCUGCGGAUGCACGGGGAACGAACCCAGUCUGGUGAACUGCACGUACAGGAAGUCAGCCUGUCCCUUCAGGGCUGGGCAGGCCAGGGUUCUCUGCUUCGAAGAAACCUCUACGUGAAGUUCACCAUCCAGAACGACAACAGCGGCCGUGUCCUUGUGGAGAGGUAUGGCCUCAACGGGACGAUCUGCGAAGAAGACUGGGACGACGUUGACGCUGACGUCAUCUGCAAGGAGAAAGGAUUCGCUGGAGGGAUUCGGUUCGGCACCAUCAGCUCCAGCCUGUACGACCUCGUCUGGUUCUCCGGGGUGAACUGCACAGGGAAGGAGGACAGUUUGAUGAAGUGUGCCAUGAACAGCACCGUCAGUGAAAAGUGUAGGAACUCGCAGACGUCAGCUGGGGUCCUGUGCUAUUCCUCUACAGGGGUUAGCGUUAGACUUGCAGGCGGCAAAACGAAUUACGGCAGAGUUGAAAUCCAGUACGAUGGUCAAUGGGGGACAGUCUGCGAUUACGCCUGGUCUAGGUACGACGCACGUGCUCUUUGCCGCCAACUCGGCUUCGUCGAAGGAAUAGCCUACGCCAGAUCUAGGUACGGGCGUGGACAGGGACCCGUGUAUCUAGAUGACAUGCGCUGUCGAUCAGACGACCAGUCGAUUUUCGCGUGUCCAAACCGAGGCUGGAAUAACAGCGCGCGAUACUGCAUAGAUCACGACAAUGACGCAGGGGUGUACUGCUUUCCUAGAGUUCGUCUGGAGCCUAAUUCAGAGUACGGCGCUGUGGAGGUAUGGACGGGCUUCGCGUACACCCUGGUCUGUGCCGACGGAUUCGGCGAUAACGAGGCGACUGUCGUCUGCCGCGAGAUGGGCUUCGCGUCCGGAAAAUCCGUCUGCUGCUCGUCGUUCGGCAUCGUCGACCGGAGCGUGGCCAUCGCCAACGUCAGAUGCAGUGGCUUGGAGGCGUCUCUGUUCAACUGCAGCCACGACCUCUCCUACUCGCUGUGUGACUCGAACCAGUACGCGUCAGUGGUGUGUUCCAACGUCACAGACAACACUGGAGCAUACACUCUACGGCUGGACAAUGGCACACGAGGACGAGUCUCCGCUACGUAUUUCUCUCACAAAGGAUACAUCUGUUCCGAAGGCUUUGAUGACUAUGACGCCAAGGUGGUCUGCACAGAAGCUGGGUUUCUGAACGGCGGUUUUGCCUACAAGUAUUACAUGAAUCAACGGGAUAGGAUCGUCGACCACAUCAGGUGGCUCACCAACGUCGGCUGCACCGGCAACGAGGACCUGCUGGAGGACUGCGCCAACGUCACGUGGGGCCACGCCACAGACUGUUCUCCUGACAGCGAGGCAGCAGUAUUUUGUUACAGGGACCCUGGAAUAGGAAGCCCGACUUUCCGCCUCCAGGGUGGCACAAAUAUCGAGGGACGAGUUGAAGUGAACAUCAACGGAACGUGGGGGACGAUUUGUGGUUUGCACAUGGACGACAAUGCCGCGUCUAUUAUUUGCCGCCAUUUGGGAUUUCCAUCAGGUGUUUCUGUUUCACCAGGGGCAAAGGGCGCAGGAAGCGGACCUGUAUGGAUCAAUCAUUUGUUUUGUUCAGGGAACGAGACCACUUUGUUUGAUUGUCCCAUGACAGGGCUGGGUGACAGAGAUUCAAAAUGCGAUUCUCACCUUUUUGAUGGCGCUGUUAUGUGUUAUUCCAAAGUACGUUUGGCUGGUGAUAUGAUCAGCAAGCGACACGACUACGGUCGUUUGGAAGUGAAUGUCAACGAAAGCUGGGUGGCCGUAUGCGACACUGGCUUCAACAGCGCCGCGGUGGAUGUUGCCUGCAGACAGCUCGGCUUCAAGCACGGCAAGAGGCAGUGCUGCUCCGCUCUGGGCCCCAUACCUACAGGCAUGUCCAUUGUGAGUAGCAUCCAGUGUUCUGGAAAUGAGGCUGAUCUGGCAUCGUGCAAGACUGACAUGACAAAAUGUUCCAGUGGAAACUACGUGUCUGUUGUCUGCAGAAAGGAACCAUUUGAAGAUGGUUUCAGACUUGCCUUUUCACAUGACAGCUUCUUUGGUCUUGUGAACAUCAGUCGAAACAAUAUCUGGGGAUCAAUAUGUGCCCAUGGUUGGGGCGAUGGUGAAGCCGCCUCGGCGUGUCGACAGCUGGGAUACCUCAACGGGGUCGCCAUCGCACCAACAGACCUAGAGGACGGAUUCCCGGUCAUAAUGGGCCAUGUGAAAUGCAGCAACCGAAGUGGAAAUCUAUCUGCAUGCAGCCAUGAUGGAUUCGAUGGUGCCCAUGGUUGUUCCAGAUCUAGAAAAGGGGCAUCAGCUCUUUGCACGGAUUCUGCAAGAGGAAUCGAAUAUCGUCUGGCUCCGGGGUCGUUUAACAGAGGAUCCGCUCAGGUGUUCUUUGAAGGGAAGUGGGGUCUCAUUUCGCGACUAAAUUUCGGCGAGACAGAGGCAUCUGUUUUCUGCAAGACUCUAGGUUACGUGGGAGGAGAGGUUAUGUACACGUCUAACCCCAGGAGGUCUUCAGAGUCGAUCGUCAUCUCGUAUGUGAAGUGCCAGGGCAACGAGACAGCCUUCCAUCACUGUAAAGCUACCUGGGAUCCCGAGCGCAACAGAUACAUAUCAUCGACUUUUGCUGCAUCUGUUGAAUGUUUCAGAGCAGUGCGGUUGGACAAAGGAAAGAAUGACAGCAGUGGUAUUGUCAAAGUUUACCACGAUGGACAAUGGGGCGUAGUGUGUGCAGACAACUUCGAUGAUAAUGCUGCAGGCGCUGUAUGUAGAGAACUGGGACAUGAGAAGGGAAUCGCUCUUUGCUGCAGUCCAUACGGAUUCAACUUCGACGAGGCCCUCAUAGAACAGGUGCAGUGUACUAACAACGAGAGAUCGAUCCUCGACUGCAAUUUUAAGAAGUCUGUUAAAGGACGCAGCAAAUGCUCGAGACAAAACUAUGCUUCAGUCGUCUGCUACAAUGGAACAAGAACAAACAAUUUUACCGUCGGCUUUAAGGGAGGAUCUACCUACACAGGAGAGGUGAUACUGAACUACAUGGGAGUGAAGGGCCGUAUCUGCAGCAGUGGUUGGGAUGACCUCGAUGCUGAGGUUACGUGUCACCAACUUGGUUUUACUCACGGUAUUUCGUACACCCACUACAAGUCUUCCUUCUCAUACUUCGGCUACACGGGACCUUACUGGACUUCAGAAGUCAACUGUACUGGGAGUGAGACUUCCCUGUCUCAGUGUCUUACUGUCCCACUUGGAUCCGUUAAGAAAUGCAGUGGUGAUCAUUUUGCAGGAGCUUUGUGCUUCAAUACUGAAGGGAUAUUCUACCGACUGGUUGAUGGCGGGGACCAGUGGGGUAGAGUUGAGGUAGCGAUUGACGGGAAAUGGGGGACUCUCUGUGAUCGGUACUGGGACAAGAAGGAGACCCAGGUGUUCUGCAGGGCUCUUGGGUUCGUGAACGGUGACCCGAUAUACGGCAAGUUCAACACGACAGGGACGGGGGACGUGUGGGAGGCGAACAUCAGGUGCCAGGGCACGGAGAAACAGCUCAACGACUGCCCCCACGAAGGCUGGACGGCCGCCACCACCAGUUCCUGUACUGGUCAUAGAAGAGAUGCCGGAGCUUUCUGUUACACGUCAGUGAAGCUCAGCACUGGCGUUGGACGGUCUGUGAAGCACGGCGCCGUCUUACUGAACCGGAACAACACGUGGCACCGAGUCUGUGACCAGGGCUUCACAGACAAGUCUGCGAGGAUCGUCUGUCAGACGCUGGGCUUCCUGGACGGCCGAGCCAUCUGCUGCUCGGCGUACGGAGCCACCAGACCCUCGACGUCCAUCCUGAAGAACAUCACGAUGAGGUGUAACGGCGACGAGACUGAUGUGUCGGAGUGCAUCGUCGAGGAGAAAUGCACCAGCCCCUAUUACGCGUCUGUCGUCUGCUCCAAGACACCGGCGGAAUUUAAUAACUCCACAUACACCAUAGAACUGGAUGGAACCUUUAAGGGUUCAGGGCAGCUCAGAGUAACUCACUGGGGUGCACAGGGUCGGAUUUGUAGCCGUAACUGGGACGACAACGACGCCCUGGUGUACUGUAAGAGCCAGGGAUACAGAGGAGGUGUUGCCUACCAGCACUCUCAUGUCGACACGUACACCCCAGAUCGCGAUCUCGGCCCAUUCUGGUUCAGUUCGGUCAACUGCACGGGAGGUGAACAGAGCCUCAUGGAUUGCCCCCAUGAUGGCAGGAUGAACCUGGGCGACUGUGCAAAGAGUCACACAGCGUCUGUCUUGUGCUAUAACGAAACAGGUAUCGAAUACCGUCUCAGAGGAGGCAGCAACUAUUUUGGUCGUGUUGAAAUCGCAAUCAAUGGCCAAUGGGGCACCAUCUGUGAUAACUACUGGGACCACCGCGAGGCGAUGGUCUUCUGUCGCCAACUAGGAUUCAACGACGGGGAGGGCCUCACUCGGGCUCGCUAUGGCCAAGGCACUGGUCCCAUCUGGCUGAGCCACAUGCAGUGCACUGGCAAGGAGAAGACGCUGCACCAGUGUCCUCACAGAGGAUUCAAGGGAAGAUAUUCUCAACCCUCGCUGACCUUUCCUUUCAUCUUCCCUUGUUCCGACCAUCAGGAUGAUGCAUCAGUUUUCUGUUAUAAGAGUGCUCGUCUGAACCAAAAGUAUGGAUCUGUCAUGGGCGGAUUGGAAUUGUUCACCAGCAAUGGAUCCAAGGUGGGUGUGUGUGACAGCGGCUUCGACGACAAGGCAGCGGUGGUUGCAUGUCGCAGCCUCGGCCACAACUACACCGACGGACGAGCCAUCCAGGGAUCAGCGUUCGGAAAAAUUUCAGGACCCAUUCUGUACACCAGCAUCCGGUGUGGCGGAUCUGAGAGCGAUAUCAAAAACUGCGAGUUGCAGACUUCCGGGACGUGCCCGAGCAACCACUACGCAUCUGUGUUUUGUUCCAAGACGAAAAUUAAUGAUACAGGUUUUGACAUGAAGCUUGCCUCCGACGGCCUCAGCCGCAGCUACCACGGCAUCAUCGAGGUGAAGAAGAAUGGAGUGUGGGGACGAGUCUGCAUGCAGGGCUGGGAUGACCACGACGCCAACGUAGCCUGCCGCCAGAUUGGAUACAAAGGCGGCGUGGCCUAUCUGCACAUUGUGAAGAACACGAAGGCGAUGCUGAUGAGGAACUUCCAGUGUGUGGGGACGGAGUCUACCUUAGCCGAGUGCAAGCGAGACGAGACUUCAGAUGUGAAGAAUUGCAGCUUCGAUGCCAAUGAUGCUGGUGUCAUCUGCUUCAACAAAACAGGGCUUCAGUUCCGCCUUUACGGAGGUAAGGACAACGCUGUCGGGCGAGUAGAGAUCGGCUAUGAUAACAAAUGGGGCAGUGUCUGCUCCUGGGCGUGGAGUACCAAGAACUCCAAAGUGUUCUGCAGAAUGCUGGGUUUUCAGGACGGAAUCCCAGGAGCAGAAGGAAUGGAGAAGCUGGACACGAACCAGUACUUCCUGAAUGGUGCGUUCUGCACCGGAAACGAGCCCAGCCUGCUCACCUGUCUCAACUCUGGCUUUAACUCCACACUGCUCGCUUACCUGUGUAAAGGAGAGGCAUACAGCACGUGCUUCAAUACAGAUGUCAGAGUUCUGAACGUCACGUUAUCUGGCGGUCCGUCCUCUGACCGCGGCCGUGUUGAGGUGUUAGUGUCUGGAGCCAAUGCCUGGGGGACUGUGUGUGACGAUUACUGGGACAACGUGGACGCCGGUGUCGUCUGCAGACAGCUCGGCUAUGACGGAGGUAGGGCGGUCCCCGCGGCAGUGUAUGGACCAGGCUCGGGCAGUAUUUGGAUGGACAACGUGGAGUGCCGCGGAAAUGAGACCAGUCUCGCCCAGUGCAAGAACAGAGGGCUCGGGACACACAACUGUAAUCACAGUGAGGAUGCCGGGGUCGAAUGCUUCAUGACGACCACCCCACUACCCGUAACAGUGACAACCUCUCGUUCUACACCAUCUACAACAUCCAGACAAACUCCAACAACAUCAACAACCGUUGCAACAACCACACCGACAACUUCAACUUCAACAACAACAUCACCACCAAGUCCUGAAACAUCAACUGUAACCACCACCCGCACCACAAGACCAACAAGAAGAACUACUACAUCUCAGUCAACCACACCAACAACACAGACUACUCUGAGACCAACUACAGCAUCCACAACACGUUCACUACCCACGGUAAUGUCAACAACAACAACUACUGCCACCACAAGGACUUCAACAGUGCAAGGUGUUGGAACGAGUUCACCCAAAAAGAACUACACGAACAUUGUGGUGGGAGUCACUGUGCCCAUCCUGCUGUUGAUGAUAAUUGUUGUAGUUCUUGGAGUCAUCUUCUGGAAGAUGAGGAAGACUCCCAAAACGGAGAUUCCUCACGAACGAUUCCACGACGACGUCAUAGAACAGACUCUAGACGGGAGCAUCGCGAUGAGGAACCAGAUGUUUGAUUUUAAUAUGGCGAACGGGGAUCCCGUCGAUCCGUUGUCCGAGAGUGCCAAAUACAUGGCAGAAGAUUCGGAGAUUUCAAUAGGUAACAAUGGAUACGCACAUUUUAGCAAAUCUCCAAAGCCAAAUGAGAGCGAUGGAGGGUUUUCCAAUCCCCUGUAUGGAACAGUAAGUGACUCGGCAUCAGAUGCAGCCCACGUGAGCUUAGAUGUGGAUAUGAACCAAACGGGAGAUACCCAGACGUAAUGGAUUUAUUCACUUAUUGACAGACUAAACAGAACCGUAGCUAAGAACAAAUCAGUGGGUGGAAUGAAGUAGAACAUCGAUGAGUAGUACGAAGAACCAAAAACAAUUAAAAGUUGUUUAUGUGGGAAUGGAUUAUUUAGUCUCCCCAUCUGCUUCCAUUGUACUAGCUACGGUACUGUUGAAGACACCACGAUGUUUAAAGACAUUGUCUGCAAAGUAGCUGUGAGUGAGAUUCUGACGUGUGAUAGAUUUCAGCAACAACUAUCGUCUGCUGAAUAAUGGAGGUGUGUAUCGCCUAUUACAUAUAACACGCAGUAAAACUCUCUGUUAAGACCACCGAUGAGGCUUGUAGAGAAACAAUCUACGAGUAUUAUUCAGAGUGGUCUCAAUAUAGAGUCACUUUAAUAGGAUUAGUUAUAUCUGGCAACCACUCCCAAGCAUCUUUUAAUAACACGACGGCGACUAUUUCCAAGUAUAUUUUAUAACACGAUUCAGCAUGUGUCUAUUUCCUAGCAUAUUUAAUAAUAUGAUUUAGUUGAUGACUAUUUCUAAGCAUAUUUAAUAACAUGAUUCCGACAGCGACCAUUUCCAAGCAUACCUUAAUAACAUAACAUAUCCAGCGACCAUUCCCAAGCAUAUAUUAAUAACUUGACUCUGCCCAAUGAGCUUGGAAUGUCGUUCUUAUCCUGGACGUGAUUGGAUAGUUUCUUGAAGUGCAUUCCACUUAAGAUGACUGAACGUGUUUAUAACCAUAUCUCAGCUUAAUAAAAAUAGUUUUUAGACUUUGUUUUUUUACUGGAAUACGAUUUUGCCUUGUACUGGGGUACGGCUAAAUAUUGUAAAGGUUUUAUAGUUUUUAUUCCACGUAUCACAUACUGAGGGAUUGAAUUUAAAUAUGUAUAUUAUGUAGGGACAUUUCUCCAAAAGACUGUUUUUUGUGUUGUUUGUUGUGAAUGAAAUGUGUUUAUACCGUAAAACGUAACAGACAUUGCACAUUCCUCUGUUUAACAAGACUUUACAAACGAAUGGUAGAUGAACGGUAGUUUAUCUAUUGCUUUCGUGUCAAUAUGCAAGUGUUUCGCGCCGAACAACAAAUAUAUUUUAAUACUUUUUCAUGACUUCCGUGUUAUAACGCCAUGAAUGUUGUGUCUUUGUGUGUUAUUCUGGUACCAAGUUGUUUUAGGUGUAUGGUCAUAAUAAAAAUAUUUUGAUUAUGUC